AUGUCGUCUUUGCAUGUGUAUUCUCCACUGUGGAAAAAAUCACCACAGCUUUGUGAUGCUUGUUGGUCACACUCAGAUUCAGAUGAUAAUACAAUUGCAUCUGCAUCACUUGGACUUGAUUCAACCAUUGCCAAAUGGGAAGGUAAGAUCAACACUCAGAAAAAAUCCAGAAAAGAAUCCAGUAGUAUCACACACACGCAAGUGCACAUGGUCUCAAUUCACUGUAUGAUUGGCUAG